AUGUCGCCGGUGCGAGCUCUCCCAAGAGCACCAGGAAAUCAAAAGUACACGUCCCAUCAGCUUGCGUUAAUUGUAAAAGAAAGCAUCUUCGUUGCGACAACUCCAGACCAUGCCCACGUUGUAUUCAAUCUGGAAAGGAGGUUAGGAAUACUGUUUACGCCAUGCCGAUCUCAGCUGACCUUGCCCUCCCAGGAUACCUGUGUCGAUGUUCAACACAAAAAAAGGGGACGGCCCCCGUUGAAAUCUGACGACAGUGCAACACGCACGAUUUCGGAGCCUGAAUCAGCUACGGAAGCGCAAAGAGGAUCAUUUGCAGGAUCAUCCCAACCAGGGCCUCAACCAUACUCUUAUCCUUACCAGAGACCAUCGAUUGCGCCGCGAGAUAUGGUACCCCAGGCUGCAGGGCAACAAGGAGGUAUCCAACGUCCCCACGUGGCCCUUGCACCCAGCCCAUAUGGCAUGUACGCUCCGCCGAGCGUUGGCUCGAGCUAUGCAACGGCCUCAGGGACCACAUAUAAUCCAGCUGCACAACGUCCUCCUUCGAGCAGCUCUUCUUUGCCCUCCAGCCAGCCUCCAUCUCCUUACUAUCAGACGCCAUCUGCUGGCAGAAGCCCAGAACAACAGUUUCCACGAGGGAGAGGCUACCGUGGCAGCUAUAGUGGUCAGGCGUCUCCUCAGGAGUUUUAUCCACCUAUCACCGGUUCGUACAAUGUUUCGCUGUUUCCACGAACCAGCGUCCAGCAACAGGGCUUGUUCGAGGUGCCAGCCAGCUUAUAUACUCCCCAACAAUCCAUUGCUCCGGAGCUGCAACUUCCGCCCAUCAGGCCGGCUCCUCCUGGAGCGUACACAGACCCGGCGAUGGCCCAGCAACAGCAGAGGCAAGCCCAACAGCAGCAUCAAGAACGUGAAGGUCGAGCAGCGGGACGACCGGGCGACAAUGGCACCACAAGACAGCCAGACCCCAAGCGGCCAAGGAUGAGUCUUGGAAAUAUUGUCAAUCCUCGCAACGACUAA